UGAACUGCGUUUUCCUAGCCUGACACUAACAUACUCAAAGAACUGUUAAAUAGAUUAACAGUUUAGUGAGCAUCGCUUACAGCAGUGACAAACAUCAGUCAGCAUGAAAAAUGUACUGUUCUGUAAUAGCAGCCGUGAAAUGCAGUGAUUAGUGUCUAAAAAUGUACUCGGCAUGCAAUAAAGCUAUUUGAAAACAGAUUUUUUUGGAAUUACUGGGCAAAAACAAGGAUUGAUCAGAAUUUUCUAAGUGUAAGGGAUCUGCUUCUCACCAUGAGGGGCUUGCUACUGCUCUCCCUCCUGGCACUGUGCUUUGCCUCACCCUAUAGACCCCUAAAUCUGAAGAAAUUCUUGAAGGCACCCGAGCUCAUGCUGGAUUAUGAAGAGGAUGGUAACAACAGCCUGCCAAUUUUUAACAGAAGGAACAGAGCAGUGACCCCCUCAGGAUUUCCCUACUCAAUCUGCCCCUUCGGAUGCCAGUGCACACUCAGGGUGGUCCAGUGCUCUGAUCUAGGUUUGAAAUCAGUACCGAAUGACAUCUCCACAGAUACACUGAUGAUUGAUCUUCAGAACAACAAAAUAACUGAAAUCAAGGAGAAUGACUUCAAGGGAAUGAAUAAGUUAUACGCACUAUUUCUGCUCAACAACAAAAUAACAAAGAUACAUCCAAAGGCUUUCCGCAGCAUGACAAACCUACAGCUGCUGUACCUCUCCCAUAACCUGCUGCCGCAAGUUCCUGCCAACUUGCCCAAAAAUAUACUGGAACUGAGAAUCCACGAUAACAAGAUCAGGAAAGUCCAAAGAGAUGCAUUCAAAGGGAUGAGGUCCUUGCAUGUUUUAGAAAUGAGUGCAAACCCACUUGAAAACAGCGGCAUUGAAAUAGGAGCGUUUGAAGGCAUGUCUGUGCUUUUUUUAAGAAUUGCGGAAGCAAGGCUCACCGCAGUUCCGAAAGAUCUCCCUUCUUCGCUCUCUGAGCUUCACUUGGAUUACAAUAAGAUUGGGAAAGUGGAAGUGGAAGAUUUUAUUCGGUACAAAAAUCUGCAAAGGCUGGGACUUGGAUAUAACCAAAUUAAAACCAUAGAAAACGGAAGUUUAGCCAGUCUUCCCAAUAUCAGAGAACUUCACCUGGAUAACAACAAACUCAAGAAGGUUCCGCCAGGUUUGGCAUCACUGAAGUAUUUACAGGUGGUAUAUCUACAUGCCAACAAUAUAACCAGCGUGAGCGUCAAUGACUUCUGUCCCUCAGGAAGUAAUGUGAAGAAGACUCCAUACUCUGGGAUCAGCCUCUUUGCCAAUCCCGUGAAAUACUGGGAGGUGCAGCCGGCCACUUUCCGCUGCAUGUCCAGUCGAAUGGGAGUGCACCUCGGAAAUUUCAGGAGAAGGAAGUGAAGUCCUGCUUCCAUGAAUGCCUAACCUUUAAAACCGGAAAAUGGAAUUGAAGCUGAAGAGGUGUCAUUACUUGAAGUUCAACUCAACUAAGCAAGCUGGAGUCUGCAGUGCAGACAGACGUACAUCACCCAAAAAGAAAUUGUGUUUCUGUUCGAAGAGAAAUGCGGGUGCCUUUUGUUUUGAUACCCCAGUUUUUCAUUGCUUGCAGCACACAAUUUGCAAUAAGUAAGAGGAACAGAUGAGAAAGGUAAAAGACCUUUCAAGAAUAAUCACUUCUAUAGUCUAAGAAAUCAGAAUUGUAGAUUCUCUAAAAAUCCUUUUUUGUUGUAAACGAAAGCACUUUUCAACAUAAAAAGAGAUCAGACGUUGGACAAGAGUUAAAAUUUGAAUGUCCUAUUUACUAAACUCUUUUUAAUACAAUGCCACUUUGUAGCA